UAUCUUGAAAAGCUAGCUUCAGCAGAGGAGUUGUGGAAAGAAGAAACAACAUGGCUAUCGGCGAUUAUCCUGCGGAAUAUAAUCCGAAGGUCCAUGGACCGUACGACCCGGCGCGCUUUUAUGGAAAGCCCGAUACCCCGUUCGGCCAGGUAAAGCUGAGCGAGCUCGGUUCAUGGUUUGGACGGCGCGAUAAAAAUCCGCGUGCCGUGGCUGGAGUUUUUAGCCGUGCUUUUUGGAGAUGGCAGCACAAGUACAUGCAGCCGAAGCGAACUGGCAUUGCUCCGUUUUUCCAAGUUAUCGUCGGUGGUAUGGUGUUUUUCUACACUAUUAACUACGGAAAACUGAAGCAUCAUCGAAACUACAAAUACCACUAAAUGAUUGAAAAUGGGUGCCGUACGAUCUUCGUUACAUCAUUUUGACGCAAUUGGUAAAACAUCAUUGAUUGCGGUGGCUACGCAUCCCGUUCCGAAUGCAGUAUGGAAAAUGGUAGCGGAGAUUAAAUGAAGAUACAUUAAUAGAAUGCAAAUUAUGUAAUGUGUUAAAAAGAAUAAACGCCUGUUCGACAGAUCGGAACAA